AUGAACUCGGAUCUUUCUUAUACGGCCCGCCUGCGCGAGGUCGUCGAGCGCUGUCUGCUCGAGUCCCAUCAGCAGACGCCGGAAAACACGAGACGAGCGUACACUCCCAAACAGAAAGAGUGGAAGCUGUGGUGUCAAAGGAAGGGCUUCGCGUCCAUUCCUGAAGGCUGGCCGGAGCUCUACGUGCCCGGACGACCCUUGCCAGAUGACCUAGUUGACGAGGGUAAGCUGCUGCUCUUCAUGGCCGACGAGGUGGUCUCCCGUGCGCCCCGGACGGGCUCCCGCGUGGCCCAGGAGCGUAGGAAACGUCGCGAAGCCGGAGCAGCCGGUGGGGUCGCUAAACGGAAGAAGAAGUUGCAGGACCACGGCCAGGACGAGGACGAGGUCCCGGCCGCAGAUUCCGGGGACGAGGAAGGGUCUUUUGAAUCGUCGCUCAAGCUCCAAUAUAACACGGUUCGGAGCUACGUCUCCGCCAUCCAGAAGCUCUACGAUAUCCAGAGGACCCGCGGGAUGAAUCCCGCGCCCCGACCGCAAGGGGUGGCGUUAAAAGCCAUGCAAAAGUCGAUCCUUCGGACAACUUGGGCUCGCAAGCGUUCAGAAUACGCGGACCGCGGCGAAAAUACGAUCAAGGACUCGUAUACGCCGUCUCAGAUCCUGGUCCACACGUCCGCAGUAUGGAACGAGCCGAAACAGAUUGCCUGCGCCCUGAGAACGCAGGUGGACUUUCUCCUCGGCAACCAUAUGCUUCUUCGUUCAAGCAACCGAAGGCCUCUCGAGUUCCCGGAUUGUUUUUGUCUCAAACUUCCCAAAGAGGGCAUCAAG